CUACCUUAGUAGCAUGUGUUCAAUUUUUUACCUAGGAGACAAAUGUCUUCAGAUCAUCACUCUCGCUACUAAGUUCUUCAUUCUUAGUCACUUUGUUUUCAAUAGCUAUGAUUAUUUGAGUCGGAUACUGCUAAUGCUCUUACUACGGGAAAUAUCACUAUGAACACAAGUAGGAGCUUGAUCAAAAUAUCAAGCUACUAUGUCUGGUUCCAUGAGGAUUUGGAACUCCAUGGGCGAAUGAAAGCUCUUGGUAAUCUCAUCGAACAAUAUGCACCUAAUUUCAUAUGUUUCCAGGUCUGAGCAUCUCCUCUAUCCUUGACAGUUCUUGAUUUUAUGGGAAAUUUUGGAUUCUGAAUAUCAAUAUUAUAGGAGGUCACACCAAAUAAUUUUGUGAUUUUCCAAAAAACAAACUGGUUGAAGCACUACAACUGUUUGCUGCCACAACAAAUGGCUGCUUAGCAGCCAUAUUGCUGCAUGCAGGUAAUAAUAAGAUGGCCGACGAUUCGCCGAUCGAGCAAGUGCGACUGACAGUUCCUCCGACGGAUGAUCCGACACUGCAAGUGCUAACUUUUUGCACAUGGCUUGUCGGCAUGCCACUCUGCAUCCUGCAGACGGUGUUGCUCCGAAUUGGCCUUUUCCGGCGGCAGAUGAUUAGCAUAUCAUCCGUUUGUAUCGACAUCAUCCUGCUCAUAGUGGGGAAUCUGUUAGCCAAGGUUCUGCCGGAGAAAUCAGUGAGAAUCCCGGGCACAAGGUGGAGCUUUUCGCUGAAUCCUUGCCCCUUCAAUAUCAAAGAACAUGUCACCACCUCCAUCCUUGUCAACUCAAUUUCGAGUCCCGGCUUUUUAAACAUCAGUAUAGCCAAGAUCUUCUACCAUAGAGAAAUUCAAUUUUGGCCAGCCUUAUUCUUGGUCAUAUGGACUCAGUUCUUGGGGUUUGGAUUUGCCGGUUUGUUCUUAAAAUUUUUAGUGGAUUCACCGUACAUGUGGUGGCCCGGUGUUAUUCCCAGCAUCUCAUUUUACAAAGCAUUACACGAGAAGGAUAAGAGGCCAAAGGGAGAAUUAUCAGUUUUUCAAUUCUUUUUUUUAGUCUCCGUUGCAGCUUUUGCUUACACCAUCAUUCCUUCUUACUUCUUCCCUUCCAUAACGGGCCUCUCCGUUGUGUGCUGGAUAUGGAAGGACUCGAUCACUGCACAGCAAAUUGGCUCUGGGUUUAAUGGGCUCGCCAUCGGAUCACUUUCAUUCGAUUGGUUGACGAUCACGAGCUUCUUAGGGGAUCCUUUGCUUUUUCCUGCAUUUGUGACACUCAAUAUGUUGGCCGGGUUUAUUAUACUCGCUUACAUCAUUUUACCCUGGUCUUAUUGGAGCAAUGCAUACGAGGCCAGAAAAUUUCCACUCUUCUCGACCAAUAUCUAUGAUUCUACUGGCCACAACUACAACGUCUCUAGAAUUGUAGAUCCAAAUACUCUCUUAUUUGACAGCGAAGCCUACAGUAAUUAUUCAAAAGUGUACUACAGCACAUCGUUGAUUUAUACUGUAGGGUUUAGUCUUGCUCUAUACACGUCAACUAUUUCUCAUAUCGCUCUCUUCUAUGGGAGAUCAGUGUGGCAUCAAUUUAAGAAGGCAUAUAAAGAUGACGAGCAAGAUGUGCAUGCAAGGCUAAUGAAGCAAAACUAUGAAUCUGUUCCUCAGUGGUGGUUUUCCUCCAUAUCGCUUCUGAUGAUCGGAAUGGCAAUUUUGGUGUGUGAAGGAUUUGGAGGUCAAAUUCAACUUCGUUAUUGGGAAGUUCUGUUGGCAUGCGCUUUGGUGCUUCUUUUCCUUCCAUUGGAAUGUGCACUCGAAGCAAUUACUGGUUCGGGAUUUACAUUAGAUUUGUUAUUGGAAGUUAUCAUUGGAUACUUGAAUCCAGGCAAACCUUUAGGCAAUAUGGCUUUCAAAUUAUACGGUUCUGAGGCCCAUCUAAUGGCCGCAGCUGUCAUAGUUUAUAAGCACAAUUUGUUCGUGCUUUGUUGAUUUCGGAGUAGCAUGGUGGAUGUUGCACUCGAUAAAGAAUAUUUGUCAACCAGACUUGCUUCCGGAGGGAAGUCCUUGGACAUGUCCUAGUGAGAGAGCAACCUACAUCAGUGGAGUAACAUGGGGGCUUGUCGGACCAAGUAAGAUAUUUUAUCCUCAUGGCAUGUACUCGGCAAUCUUCAUCUUUGCUCUUAUUGGACUCGUGGCACCUAUUCCCUUGUGGUUAUUAUCACACAAAUAUCCUGAAAAGAAAUGGAUUACACUCGUCAAUUUUCCAAUUAUAUUUAGUUCCGCUACGGCUUUUCCCUUGGGCGGGCUUGUAGGUUAUUGGGGUUGGUUUGCUGUUGGGUUAUUCUUCAAUUACUUUAUCUUUCAAAAACAUAAAAAAUGGUGGGCGAGAUAUAAUUAUGUUUUAUCAGCUGGACUUGGUGUUGGUUCUACAUUUUGUGUUGUUCUACUCAGUGUCUCUCUUCAAUUUCAAGACGUAUAUGGAGUGAAUUGGUGGGGGUUGGACUAUGAUCAUUGUCCGUUGGCAAAAUGUUCCACGGCGUCGGACGUUGUUAUUGAAGGAUGCCCUGUAAUCAAGUGAUUGUAUUUAUCAUUAAAUUCAAAUAAUUUAUGUACUCCUGAUGGAUGGAAGAGAAAAAGUAGUGUUAAUUCUAA